AUGCCUUCGUUAGCUUCUCGUUUGACAGUGCCCUCGCCGCGUCUCACCUUAGGCGUGGUACUGGUGCCCUGGGUAGCAGUCAAGGCCAUCACCCAGUACUAUACCACCGGAACCGUGUACCAGAAGACCGAUCCUGAGUUCGAUACGCUUUAUAAGAAUGUGCUUGUGGCGGUGUUGGCGACGUUGGCGACUACGGCGCUGGCCACAGAUGCAAAACUCAUGCCUUACCCAAUGAACGCCAUGUUUAAGAAACAACGUGGACGUGGUGCUGCUAAGGAUAUGCCUCGCUUUGGUGAGCCACUCACGACGUAUGGGAAGUACUACCCUACGCAGCUCUUUGAGGCAGUAGAGGCAUACAGGGAAUUAGUGAACCAGGGCUAUGAGGUAAUUGUCAUGGGCGAUUCUUGUGGUAGUAAUUUGGCUAUGGCGGUGGCUCGGUAUGCUGCGUAUCCAGAAGAAGCAGAGGCCCAUUUUUCGCUGUAUACUCAGUUUGACUGGGACUUUAGCCUGGUAGCGGCUCCACGGCACUUGAUUCUUCUCGCUCCAUGGACUCUGCCUACAUGUGCUGCUGUGCCAAUUAAUAAAAAGGGCCAGUUGUAUAUUAAGGGUCUGGAAAAGGACGAGGUGGCUCUGUUUGUGGAGUUUAACGAUACCAACUAUAAGGAGCACUGGGCUGAGGUGCCUGCUUUCAACGGCAACGGCUCGGUACUUUAUAUUUAUGGCGAAAGAGAGUACUUCCGUGCUAGUCAGGAACAGUUUGCUGAGGAGUGUGGGCUCCAUAACUUUAAAAGUCUAAUGCAGCCUGGCGGUAUCCAUGACUGUUUAUUUGUGGUGGAAGUGCUUGAUAUUUCGUCCAAGAAGGGCCAGGCAGCAAUGGUUCGGGGAGAACACAGGAAGAAGUAUAACUUUGGCGCCAUUGCUGACUAUUUGGAUGAGAUCUUAUAG